AGGAGCGGAAACAGUCGCUGCUAACGCUGUCGUAGCUAACUCGCUAGCUGCUCGUGUCGUUGUAAUUGAGUUCGAACAAACAGUUAAAAUGAACAAACUUAUUAAAUCGCAGGAGUUUGACUCGUAUGAGAUCGAGGAGCCGAGCGACGAGGAGAGAGCAUCCAGCAGUUCGGAGGACGAGCUGGACGUGCUGCUGAACGGGACUCCGGACCAGAAGAAGAAACUGAUCCGAGAGUAUUUGACAGGGGAAAGCGAGUCGUCCAGCGGGGAUGAGUUUGAGAAGGAGAUGGAGGCUGAGCUCAGCUCCACCAUCAGGACCAUGGAGGGAACCUGGGCACCAUCAGCAACAGCAGAAACCUCAGGAGGAGGAGGAGGAGGAGGUCCUGGACCUCUGAAUCCUCGGAUGUAUGACAACAUCUACUUCGACUCUGACUCAGAGGGAGAAGACACGCCAAGCAGCUCCACAGGCCAGAGGCGGAGACAGCGGAUCAUACCGACCAAUGACGAGCUGCUGUACGACCCCGACGAAGACGACAGAGACCAGGCCUGGGUGGAUGCCAGGAGGAGACAGUACAACAGCAGGAAACGACCAGCAGGGGCGUUUCGCUCGCAGUCUCGUCGGACUCAGGGUUUACCCAGCAGUGACGCUGUCCUCAACUGUCCCGCCUGCAUGACCACGCUCUGUCUGGACUGUCAGAGGCAUGAGAAGUACCGGACGCAGUACAGAGCCAUGUUCGUCAUGAACUGCACGGUGAAGAGAGACGAGGUGUUACGCUACAAAACGCAGCAGGAGAAGAAGCAGAGGAACAGGAAGAGGAGAAGGGGCCAGAAAACGGAAACACCGGCAAACGAGGCUCCCGACCCGUCGCCAGCGGGGAUGGAUGCUGACGAGGUUUACCACCCGGUGCAGUGCUCCGAGUGCUCUACAGAGGUGGCCGUGUUCGAUAAAGAAGAGGUUUACCACUUCUUCAACAUCCUGGCCAGCCACUGCUGAGACGGAGCGAGCGAGCUCUGAGCAGGACGCUUUUUUUUUUCAGCAGUUUCUCUCUGGCUCCUCGCCUCAGCUUUCUGAUUUAAGAAGAACCGGGUCGGCUGCUUCUUCAGCAUCCCGCCUGAGACGGAGAAUCCUGCUGUGAGUCUCUCCUAGGCGCCAAUCUGUGGGUCAGGAAUCAGGAAAGCAGAGGAACGUCAGCAGCAUGUCACCUGUCCGUGAAACCUUUGAAAUAUCUGACUAAAGCUGGAAUCCGGCUCUGAACAUCUGCUGGUUGCAGCUCUGGUGGACGUACUGAACCCUAAACACAAGAGCCUGACUGACACAUGAUCCAAUAUCAAUGUUGAUUGAUUUGAGAAGGACAAACAUCAGAUAGUGGCAAAUAGAUGUUGAUGAAUUUUUACCUAAACACGUCACAGUCACAAACCUUUCUAAUCAUUUUUAUUAACUUUCUCUUUUUUUUUAAGGAUUGUGAGCUGGAUGAUGUACUGGGACAUUUCAAGGUCAAAAAAUAAACUCGUCAGUGCUGUCUGCUGAACAGACGCUUGUUUUUUGAGAUUUGUCUGCUGACAUACGCACGAUCUAGCUGCAAUAAGAUUUUUUGGUAUCUCUCUAGUACACAGUGAACUUGUGCGGUCUCAUAGGAUCAAACUCCUUUUCCUGCUGGUGUCCUUCAGAGUCGGCUGUAAGGCAGUAGGACUUGAGAGAUACUGUGCAGACUGUAGUUGCUGUUUGGUUUAUUGAAGCUCUCUGGGCUUCAUGGUUUAAGAUCUACUAGACCAGCUUUUAGUUUCACAACAGGGUUGGCAUUAUUCUAUAUUUUUGUUACUGUCGACAAAUCCCAUAAAAAGACCCAAACGGCUUCCUUA